AUGGCCAAUUUGAAAAAGAUCGCCGUCAUCGGUGGCACUGGCGCUCAAGGCAUGCCUGUCGUCAAAGCCCUGGCUGAGAGCGGAAAAUAUCGUCUCAUUGUUUUGACCCGCAGCGUCGAGUCUUCUCGUGCAAAGGUUCUCGCUGCUCUCCCAAACGUGACUUUGCUCCAGGGUGCUCAGGACAACCAGCAGGAUCUGCACAGGCUCUUCCGAGGGGUCUAUGGCGCCUGGGUCAACACUGACGGGUUCACUCUGGGAGAAAAAGAUGAGCUCUUCUACGGUUUCAGGGCCUACGAGAUCGCUAGGUCAGAACGUGUACAGCACUACGUCUGGGCGAACAUCGAGUACGCCAUGGACGCCGCCAACUUCGACGAGAAGCACCAUUGCGGCCACAUGGAAUCCAAGGGAAGAGUUGGCAAAUUCAUCCUUGCGCAGGGGCAGGAGGACAUGAAGAGCACCCUUUUCAGCACCGGUCCCUACAUGGACAUGCUCAUGGAUGGGAUGUUUGUGCCUAUCAAGCAGCCGGACGGGUCAUUCAUGUGGGCCAAUCCAGCCCCGAGUGAUGUGAGGAUACCAUUGAUAGCUCUCUGCGACAUCGGAGUCUACAAUCUUUGGAUCUUUGACAACCCGUCCGAGUCUGCAGGCAUUGACCUUCAAGUUGUGACAGACAAUGUCAGCUUCGGAGAGAUUGCCAGGAUCUUCACCGAAGUCACAGGCAGAGAUGCGGUUCAUAAGACAAUCCCUUUUGAGACAUAUGCGCAUCUUGCAGAGCCCUACCCGGGUGCGUCUGUCAACUGGGUUCUCGGCCCUGAGGCUGCUCGAGAUGACUCUAUCAUGAGUUGGCGCGAAAAUUUCGAGGCUUGGUGGCGUUACUGGGGAGACGGAAUCACUAAGCCACGGGAUCUGUCAAUCCUGGAUCGUAUUCACCCUAAUCGCAUCAAGACUUUGGCGGGAUGGAUGAAGCAUGUCGGAUACGAUGGAGAACGAAAAAAUGUCCUGAAAAUGGUUGAAGACUGGGGCAUUAAGAACGGAGCUCCCCCAGCAAGGUAG